AUGGUUCUGGAUCGACACUUUCAUCAGCCUCCUGUGCUGCACCCCAGGAGACGGCAGGACAUUACAGAGAAAAACGUCGACGUUUUAUUCCAAUCACCAGAUUUCCAAGAUACUAUUGCUCAACGUCUGGCCGGAGCUGUCCGAGUCCCUACCAUAACGUAUGAUGGCAUGAGACCUGUGGGCGAAGAUCCGCGGUGGGAGAUCUUUUUCGAAUUUUCCGCUUACUUGAAGAAGGCAUUUCCAAGAGUGUAUCAAGCACUCACAACGGAGACAAUAAACGAACAUGGCUUAUUGUAUACGUGGCAAGGCUCUGAGAAAACCCUGAAGCCCCUUCUGUUUAUGGCACACUCCGAUGUUGUCCCAGCUGGAGAUUCGACCUCCAAGGAGUGGACGUAUCCACCAUUUUCCGGACACUAUGACGGCGAAUUCAUCUGGGGACGUGGCUCAGAGGACGACAAGUCGAACUUGAUAGCCAUGCUGACGGCCAUUGAUUGUUUGCUUCAAUGCAAUUUCAGGCCGGAUCGGACGUUAAUCGUCGCAGUCGGGUUCGACGAGGAAGGUGGCGCCGACCAAAGCUACGGCGCGCGAUGUCUCGCUGAGACGUUGAGGGGGAGAUAUGGAGAGAACGGACUGGAAAUGAUUUUCGACGAAGGGAUCGCCGGCAUCGAGCACCGGUUCGGCACCGACUUUGCCUUACCGGCAACAGCGGAAAAGGGCUACGUCGAUGUCACGGUCACGGUCAGGCUCCCUGGUGGACAUUCUUCCACGCCGCCAGAUCACACUGCAAUUGGCUUCCUAGCCCAAGUCAUCGCGCUCCUCGAAGACCAUGCCUUUAAGUCCCAGCUGAUACGACAAAACCCGACAUUGACCUUCCUUCGACAAGCGGCGCUUCUAUCCCAGAGCAUGCCUGGAGACUUACGAGAAGCUAUACUCAGUGCUCAGUCUUCCAAGAAGCUUCUUGAAUAUAUGGAUGCAGACCGCGAACGAAGGGCAAUGAUCAGAACAUCAACAGCGGUGGAUGUGAUACAAGGUGGGGAUAAAGUCAACUCACUUCCAGAAAGUGCCGCCGUCCUCAUCAACCAUCGAAUCGCAAUCCAAGACUCGGUGCAAGACGUCAAGAGUCACUACGUCGAGCUCCUUGCUCCAUGGGCCGACAAGUGGGACUUCAGGCUCGACGCCUUUGGUGAACGGAGGCCGGCCAAAAAGAAUUCCCUCAAAUGCAAUGGCAUCAAUGAUAGCGGAGAUCUGAUCCUUGCAGCCCAGUACGAGCUUGAAUCGUCUCCCGUUUCAAACUGGGAAGAUCCGAGGUUCAGAUGGCUCGCCGGUACCAUCAAAGGUGUGUUUGGCGACACCGUGGUCGUUGCCCCUGAAAUGCUCAGUGGCAAUACCGACACCAGAUAUUACUGGGACUUGUCACCGCAGAUCUAUCGCAUGUCGCCGUGGCGUGCUAGCCAUGACCCGCGAGGGACUCGGAUGCACACCGUCGACGAAAGGAUGCCGGUCAAGGGGCUCGUGGAGAUGGUCAAGUUCUACCACGAGUUCAUCCGAGUCGUCGACGAGGUGCGCUUAUGA